GGAGCGACGCGUCGAUGACGUCGACGCGUCGACGUCAAAAUUACGUCGACGUCAUAUUUUUGCGUCGACGCUUCGACACAGCUCGUCACACGCGCGUUUGAGAACAAAACAUAAAAAAUGGAGGACGAAACACCAACCUCCUCGCAUAAUUUCCAACAAAGGCCUACAAAAAGCCCCCAAAAAAGAAAAACAGCUCGCACUAAAUCAUCGAAGGUAUGGGAAUAUUUCAAAUUUAGUUCCAAACGUAAAGAUGUUGUUAUCUGCGCUAUUUGCCAAAUGGAGAUGGCAUACCACACCAGCACAUCAGCGAUGUUGGAGCAUCUGAAACGGAGGCACCCCAUUGUCACUCGUGAAGGAGACAAUAAAAAGACACAGCAAAGAACCUUGCAGUCCUAUCUUGGGAAAGAGACACAAUGCACUACACAGAAAGCAGCAGAACUGAGCAAAAGGAUUUUGAGAGUGAUUGUCAAAGACAUGAGGCCUUUGUCUCUUGUUGAGGGUGAAGCCUUCAUAGACAUGAUCGAAUAUGCCUGCCCUGAAUUUUUUUGAACAAGAGUUAUGUUGGUACUGUAAAAGAGUAAACAGACUGUAUAACAAUAAAAUCCUUUUAUUUAUUUUAUUUUGUGUAAAGCAGAAUAUUUUUUUGUCGUGCAAAACUGUUCCUUAAAGGUUGUAUCUUUAAAGUAUAUUAUUAAGAAUGUUUUUGUUAUUUAUUCGAGAUACAUUAUGGUUUUUAUUAAUCGAUAAACAGAAAACUAAUCGUUAGAUUAAUCGUCCAAUUAGUCGUUAGACUAGUCGACUAAUCGACAAAAUAGUCGACAGAUUAAUCGUUUAAAAAAUAAUCGUUUACCCCAGCUCUACUUG